AUGUCUACGAGCACAACAUUCAUUGCUGAUCCAGAACGGAUAUUUACAAUUUGUGAAGGUAAAAAUGGUUUCCAUUCAUUGGUCAAUCUCCUUUCUAGUCAAGAAAAAGACCAUCGAAAUUUUCUGCGGCUUGAACAAACGAUUUGCCAAUUAGACUUCGAUUUUUACAACGAUCUUCUUCCGAAAAUCGCCCAGUGGGCAUCGGAUCAUACACAGGCAAAAUCCAUCGAACUACUUCAUGCAGGUGCGACACGAACGGUUGUUUACACAGCGGCACAAGCUCGUUAUAUUCUUGCCAAUGCUUUCUUUCUCAAUGUAUUACCGGGAUAUGGAAACAUCAGUCUGAACCAUCUGUAUAAUUCAUUCGACGAAGAUUUAUCCAUUGCGAGAAUUCGUUGUUUGAUUGAAUAUUUUCGUUUAUCAUCGGAAGAAAAGGAUUUGGACCGAGAAAUUUCUAUUGAAAGAUACUUCUAUCAAGAUGAAUUACCUGACUGGAGUCAAAAACGUAUUCCAAUUCGAUCUUCGAAGGUCUGUGUCAACACAAAUCGAAUGGAAGAUUCAAUCGAUGCAGAAGGUUUUGUUGAUUUUGCUAACAAACACAUUCAUAUUCACCAAAUUAUCCCAUCCGCAACGCAAGAAGAAGUUCUAUUUAGUUGCUGUCCAGAAGCAUUUCUUGCUAUUCUUGUCUGCGAAACUCUCCUCGACAAGGAAAUUGUUAUUCUUCGCGGAUGUAAACGAUUUGUUGAUUACACGGGUUAUGCCGAUACAUUUGCUUAUAAGGAACACUACACAAGAUCCGGUCGCAUUCAAGAUAUUCUCGUGCUCGAUGCUUGUUAUUCAGGACAAUUCAGCAAGGAGAAUAUUGAUCGAGAUUUAGGCAAAGCGUGGGCUGGUUUUGAAAAAUCGAAAGAUUCAAUUAUCGCAACGGGAAACUGGGGGUGUGGAGUGUUCGGCGGGGAUUUGAUAUUCAAAUUUUUACAACAGUUAUGUGCAGCUACGAUUAUCAAUGAGAAACUUCAAAGACUGGAUUAUUCUGCGUAUCAUGAUGAUAGUUUAGCGACGAAAUUGAAAACUUUAUUGGUGUCAUUGGAAGAGAAAAACAAAACAGUUGCAGAUGUUUAUCAAAUGAUGCAGAACUACCGGAAAUCAGCGCAAUUUCCGGGAUCAAGAUUGUUAUUUUCCGAUUAUGUAAACAAUUGGUUGAAUGAAUGA